UUUCAAUAAGUGGAAGUUUGUAUACUUCCGGUUAAUCUUGCACGAGAAGGCGAAGUGUUGCAUGUGGUUUUGUUUUUAUGUCAAUCUUAUAAUAAGUAACAUAUGCAGAAUGAUACAUGUACACACUUGAUUUAAAACUGGAAUGCUUAUCAAAUCACACACGUUAUUUAGUAUUCGACAAGUCUUAUUGAGGUUUUCUAGCUCAAAACCUUCAGAAUUCACCGAUGUAAACAAGUGGAUAUCGAAAGUUGACAUAAUGCCGAGAAUAAAAGUUGAGAGGAAACUCCGCCAUGUGAAGUAUCGAGAAAGGAUGGGUGACAAGCUCAAGGCUCCUUCGUUCGUAGAUGUUGUUGUCAUUGGGAGUGGAGGGAGAGGAAGCCCACGUUCUGUCAUUAUUGACACGAGCAUAUCCAAGUAUCUCUUUAAUUGUGGAGAAGGAACACAAAGAAUUGCAAAUGAACACAAGGUAAAACUUGCUAAACUGGAAAACAUUUUCAUCACAUACAAGAGUUGGGACAACAUUGGAGGAUUACUAGGCAUGUCCUUGACCCUGGAUGGCAUCAAUGUACCAAAGAUCAACAUACAUGGAUCACCUGGAGUGGAGAAUAUCACCAAGUCCUACAAAAACUUUACAGCUGCUUACACUACCAUUGCUCAACUAGAGAAAAGAGAACUGAGCGAGGGCGAUUUUACAGACUCUGCAAUGAAGGUAGAGUAUAUACCUCUCUAUAACAAUGAGAGAGCAGGAGAGGACACAAGUCGGGACCACACCCAGGAUGGAGGGGGAGCUGCUGCUGAUGAACCAGAAACCAAGAGGCCGAGGUUAUUAAAGGAUGUGGAUGACAUAGCAGUAGCCUAUUUGUGUCAGGUAAGUCCAUUAACACUAACCAGAACUUCAUCCUCGAAAAGGAAGAUUAACUUGGAAAAAUGUGUUGAUCUUGGAAUAAAGACGGGACCAUGUUUGGGACAGUUGGUGGAAGGCCAUUCAGUGACAUUAGAAGAUGGCAGAGUGGUUCAUCCAGAUCAAGUUUUAAAUCCGGAGGAAAAGAAACAGCAAAUCUUGGUUGUGGAGUGCCCCCACAAUGGCUUCCUGGCACCACUGACCUCCUGUUCCCAACUACGAGAGCUUCAGAGUGCAGACAGUGUGGAGGUGAUUGUACACAUGUCCCCAGCUGACAUCAUACACACAGAACACUAUCAACAGUGGAUGCGCAGUUUUGGAUCAGCUACGCAGCAUAUCAUCAUCAACAGCACCAACACGGAUGUGUCCCACCUAGCACUGUAUUCAACACAAGCCAAGUUGAAUCUGCUCCAUCCCACCAUAUUCCCCCUGUUGCCUCAGUUCAUGGAUCCAACACAGCGUGAUAUGGAUGCUGCAUCUGACUCAUCCUCAGUCAGGGGCCAUACAUGUCUUAAGUAUCAGCUGCGGCCCAAGAAUGAACUCUGCAGAGAUCAGUGUUUCCAGUUGGACAGAGAGCAGUUUGUGAAGGAGGCUAUGGAUAUGCCCAAUGUCCCACAGUUGAUAGAAGAUGUUAACAGCAGGCUGAAACAUAAAUCAACAGAGGGGCCUAAGUACCCAGAGGUUGUUUUUUUAGGCACAGGUUCAGCUAUUCCAAGUAAACAGAGGAACGUCAGUUGUAUACUGAUUCAUUUAAGUGAGGAUAGUGCUGUUGUGCUGGACUGUGGCGAAGGAAGUGCUGGCCAACUGUAUCGUCACUAUGGUGACUUGACUGAUGACCUCAUGUGCAAGAUCAAGGCAGUCUUCAUAUCACACAUGCAUGCAGACCACCAUCUUGGCCUAUUUAGCAUUUUGAGUGAGAGAAGAAAUGUGUACAGGAGAAGAGGCCAGACUUCCCCAAAUCUAACUGUACUUGCCCCAAGAUACAUGAGACGAUGGUUGGAGUUCUACAGCAACAAUGUGGAGACAUUCAAGGACCAACUAACCCUAAUCCCUCUCCAGGAAAGCAACCAGCAGUGGCAGAAACUAGAUGCUGUCAAGACAGAGCUGCAGCUUAGUGAAUUUGUCCCUGUAGAGGUGGAUCACUGCCCCAAUGCUUUUGGCGUAUCCCUUGUACAUAAAGAUGGCUGGAAGAUUGUAUAUUCCGGAGACACAAUGCCCUGUGGGCGCCUAGUGACGGCAGGUCACGGUUGUGACCUUCUGAUCCAUGAGGCCACAAUGGAGGAUGACCUGGAAGAGGAGGCUAGGCACAAAUGUCACAGCACCACCUCACAAGCAAUUGGCAUAGGACACCAGAUGGAGGCUAAGUUUACCCUGUUGACCCACUUCAGUCAGAGAUAUGCAAAGUUGCCUUUGGUCAGUGGAAAGUUCACAGAUAAUGUGGGCUUUGCAUUCGACAAUAUGAGGGUAACCUUGAGUGAUCUCCCCUUGUUGCCUCUCUUCACUGAGGCAAUGAAAGCUAUAUUUGCUGAUCACUACAACGACAUGGAAGAAAAAAGCAGAAAGAAGAUGAGAAAGAAAAUCCUCAUAAAAGACCUAAUGGCAAAUGCAAGUACAUCAGAAGCAGAGGAGCCAAAGACAGAUGAUAAAAAGGCCCUGGAGAUAUCGGAGGCAGCUGAAGAAGAGGCUCACUCUGUUGUGCAAACAUAGCUUAGCACUCAGUAGGGAGCCCACUGGGAUCUGAUUGAGAUUCACAGAUUUUAAAUGGGAGAAGGAAACAUCCUCUCGCAAAGACACAAAUGGACAUCAGUGAGUCCAAUCAAUUAUCAGCAUUCCGCUCAUGCUGUGUCAUGUCUGUAUUUAGGCGUGUAUGUUACAAGACCAAGUUCUCAAAGAUCCAUCUGUCUUGGAAUCCUUUAAUACUGUUACACGAUAUGUGAUAAUUUGAUCUCAUUUCGAUUGGGAUUGGUCUCUGUGGAAUGGGUGACUUGUGUUGAACCGUUGACAUUUGAGUGCUGCGUAAUUGAAUCUAAACAGACCCCUGUACAGUAAUGUUGUAGACAUAUAUUUGUCAGUGCAAUAAAAUAAGACCCCAAAA